UCAUCUUCAUCUCCACCGUCUACUUCAUGUCCAAGCCUCGGACCGUUUACCUUGUUGACUACUCUUGCUACAAACCACCCGUCACGUGCCGUGUCCCCUUCGCCACGUUCAUGGAACACUCGAGAUUGAUUCUGAAGGACAAUCUCAAGAGCGUUGAGUUCCAGAUGAGGAUUCUUGAACGGUCGGGGCUGGGAGAAGAGACGUGUUUGCCGCCGGCAAUACAUUAUAUCCCUCCGAAACCGACGAUGGAAGCUGCAAGAGGCGAAGCCCAGAUGGUGGUUUUCAGCGCCAUGGAUGAUCUCUUCAAGAAAACUGGCUUGAACCCAAGAGACGUCGACAUCCUUAUAGUGAACUGCUCUUUGUUUUCUCCGACACCAUCUCUGUCGGCUAUGGUGAUCAACAAGUACAAGUUGAGGAGUAACAUCAAAAGUUUCAAUCUUUCCGGGAUGGGUUGCAGCGCCGGUUUGGUAUCCGUAGAUUUAGCUCGAGAUUUGCUCCAAAGAUCAUAA